AUGAACCCUGCACACAUCCUGAAACCAAAAGAUGAUGACGAUGUCAAGAGCGCCAUUCAAUGGGCCACUAAGAACAAGGUCGCCAUUGCUAUCAAGAGUGGUGGCCACCAAUACAGUGGCGCAUCCUCUUGUGGAGGCAAGAAUGUGCAACUUGAUCUAAGCGACACAUACAAGGAUAUGAAGAUCAUCGAAAAUCCUACCAUUGAUGUACCUAAUGAUAGGGUCCUUGUGUUUGCUGGUGUAAGCAACCAGCUGCAGGACUUCAAUGCCUAUCUCACCAACCUCGGACUAUUCCUCCCUACUGGGCAGUGCGCCUAUGUUUGUCUUGGAGGGCAUGGCCAGACAGGCGGUUAUGGCCAACUUGGUCGCAGCUUUGGGCUUCUUGGUGACCAUAUCACUGAGAUACGAAUGAUUGACCAUGCAGGCCAAGUGUUGCACAUCAACCAGCACAGCCACACUGAGCUCUUCUAUGCUAUACGUGGCGGAAGCCCAGGCAAUUUUGGUGUGAUCACACAUUACACCAUCAUGGCGUUCAAGGCUGAGAGCUACAUGGGAAUCGAGAACACGAUCAAAACUCCCAAAGGGCCAAAGCAAUUCAAGGGACCGCAUGGAGUGAAAGCCUUUUGGCUUUACAAUGAGAAGACUCUUACCUCUCUUUUGAAAAUUGUUGCAGAUAUGUCUGACAAGGGCACCGCACCGCGAGGGUUUGACCUUUGUGUCAAUGUUUUGAGCCAGGACUUUGACAUCACCAAACUAUUUCCAUCAUUCAAGAAUGAUGAAGUUUGGCGAGGCCUUCAAGAUUUGGUGGCAAGCUUUUUCCCUCCCACUAUUCGCGCCCUCUUAGAGGGCAAACUGCCUCCUACCAUUGUACUCUAUGCUCAAUGGUGCCCAGUUGAAGGCCAACAGAAGUAUGACGAAAGCGUGGAUGCGUGGUUCCAGCAAUUUCGGGCUUUGGAUAAUCUGGAUCUUGGCUGUGUUCACUUUGAUGAGUUCAAUGCGGACAUGGCUAAGAUGACCGGCCACUGGCUGUUCCCCCAACGAAGAGAGUUCCCCCGUCCAUACAUCAAGCGUACCUACGCCACCAACUCGAAAACUCUCGGCAAAGAUGGCUGGGUUGAUGGUCUGGUUCAGCGUCUGAAGCUGAUCUGCGAUCCGUAUGAAAAGCUCGACGACGCCAACAAGAAACCCGUACCCAAUGCCCUUUACGACAAUUGUAAGCUCUCAGCCCAGAUUCAGUGCUUUGGAGGAGAGAAUUCGCUCUUCUACAAGAAUCGGGAUAAUGGGACUGCUUAUAGCUGGAGAGACUCAACCGUCCUUCAAACUGUCGACUGUUGGUACCUUCAGGAAGAUAAAGAAAACCCCAAGCUAUCAAAGGAUUCAAAGGAUCUGGCAAACAAAUGGCAGAGUGAGAAUGAUGCUGCAAUGAUUGGCAAAUCAAGCUAUUUCAGCAAGACUGACAGGCGUGUUCUCUGGGGCUCAUGGGGUGAUUGGGAUAUGGGAAAGCCUGAAGUUUGGAAGACCUAUUAUGAAGAUGAGGACAAGUACCAGAGACUGGGUAAGGCAAGACUGGCAGCUGAUCCGAAUGGAACCUUUACUGCCAACCCAUUUGCGGUUGCACGCCAAAACUGA